GCUCUUGCUUUGCUAGCAAGUCCAUUCCUUUACUGGCAUUAGAGCCUACUUCUUUGGGAUUUUGGUGUAUACUGAAGACCAGCUAAAGCAUCCAGCCUUCUGGAAUAAACAACUAAUGGAUUCUAGAAACUUCUGACCUUUGUUGGAUUAACUAAACCACUGCCUGCUAAUAUGGUUUUAUUUUCACAUCUUUGAGGAGAUGACUGUGGCUUGACAUAACUUAAAAACCAAAAAUAUAUUUUAAUACACCUAAUAGGUCUUUUUCAUCGAUUCUGAUCAAACACCCAAUCCAAGAGCAGAAAUGUCUGGAAGAGACAAGAAUCCACUGGCCUUGGAGCAAGAACAGAAGCAGUACCAGGAUGAGCUGCAUACUCAUGCAUUAUCUGAGGAUUCUAUCACCAUGAGCAUACCUCAGUCUGAGAAGGCAAGUAGCACAGAGGAGGUGCAGCAUGAGAAUCAAGAGGACUUGGACCCCAUGCAUAACAGGAGGAAGCAGAUGGAUCUGGAGUUGUUUCAGACCAAAGACCAAGAAGUGAUGCUGAGAACAUUUCCAGAAGUAUAUAUGAGGCAAGAAGAGACUCUUCACCAGAAACAGUCAUUGAAAAGUGAGAAUUUGUUCCAAAAUUUUACAAACCUACUAAUCUUCCAAAAAUUGUACCCAAGAGGCUCAGAGAACUUGAUGAGGGAAAGCUGGCAUCCAUGUGUACCAGAAAAAGGAGGACAUAUGAUUGAGAUCGAAGACUUAUUUGGCCCAAACACAGGUACCCAGAAAGAGCCUCAGUUGGUCAUAAUAGAGGGGGUUGCUGGGAUUGGGAAGUCAACACUGGCCAGGCAAGUGAAGAGAGCCUGGAAGGAAGGCCAGCUCUACAAGGAUCGCUUCCAGAAUGUCUUCUUCUUCAGCUGCAGAGAGCUGGCCCAGUGCAAACAGCUGAGUCUGGCUGAGCUCAUAGCACAAGGUCAGGAAGUGCCCACUGCUUCCAUUAGGCAGAUCCUGUCUCACCCUGAGAAGCUGCUCUUCAUCCUGGAUGGCAUAGAUGAACCAGCAUGGUUCUUAGAGGAGCUGAAUCCUGACCUCUGCCUGCAUUGGAGUCAAUCACAGCCUGUGAACACACUGCUGGGCAGUUUACUAGGGAAAUCCAUCCUUCCUGAGGCUUCCUUCCUGCUCACAGCUCGGACAACAGCUAUACAGAAGAUCAUUCCUUCCUUGGAGCAGCCAUGUCGGUUUGAAGUUUUAGGAUUCUCUGAGUUUGAACGGAAAGACUAUUUCUACAAAUAUUUUACAAAGGAAAAAGAUGCAAUUACUGCUUUUAGAUUAGUUGAAUCUAACCCAGUGCUCCUGACCCUGUGUGAGGUUCCCUGGGUGUGCUGGUUGGUCUGCAUUUGCCUGAAAAGGCAGAUAGAGCAAAGAAGAGACCUCUCACUGACCACACACACCACCACAGCCCUCUGCCUGAAAUACCUUUUCCUGACAAUCCCAGGUCAGCACAAGGAAAGCCAGCUCAAAGCCCUCUGCUUGCUGGCUGCUGAUGGGAUCUUCCAAAGAAGGACCCUGUUCAGUGAAAAAGAUCUCUGUGAGCAAGGGUUAGAAGAGGAUGCCAUUGCCACUUUCCUGAAGAUUGGUGUCCUUCAAAAGCAGCCCAACUCUCUGAGCUACAGCUUUGCCCACUUUUGUCUCCAGGAGUUCUUUGCAGCAAUGUUCUACAUCUUGGAGGAUAGUGAGGAAAGAUAUGGUGAUAUGAAAAAUGACAGAAUUGUGGAAACACUGGUAGAACGAUAUGGAAGGCAAAGCCUGUUUGAGGCACCCACUGUGCACUUUCUGUUUGGUCUUUUGAGUAAAGAGGGAUUGAAAAAAAUGGAAAAGUUCUUUUCCUACAGCCUUCCUAGGAAGACAAACUUGAAGCUGUUAUGGCACAUCCUAGAGAAAUCAAAACCCUAUCAACCACCUUGUCUUGGUUUGCUCCACUGUCUGUAUGAAAAUCAGGAAAUGGAGCUCCUGACACACAUAAUGCAUAAUCUUCAAGGACCAAUAGUGCCUGGCCCAGAUGAUAAGGCACACACAGUGUUACAGAUGAAUGAGAAGCACCUGGUGGUACAGACAGAUAUGGAGCUCAUGGUGGUCACUUUCUGUAUUAAGUUCUGCUAUCACGUGAGGAGUCUUCAGCUGAAUAGGAAAGGCCAUCAGGAACAUAAGUUGACAGCCCCCAGGAUAGUUCUGUACAGAUGGACACCAAUCACCGAUGCCAGUUGGAAAAUCUUCUUCUCCAAUCUUAAAUUCACCAGAAACCUGGAGGAGCUGGACCUAAGUGGAAAUCCACUGAGUUAUUCUGCAAUGCAAAGUCUCUAUACAACCUUGCGACACUCUUUUUUUCGAUUAAAGACCUUGUGGCUUGUUGAAUGUGGCCUCAACUCCUCAUACUGCUCACUCCUGGCUUCAGCGCUCGGUGCCCACUAUAGCCUGACUGAGCUAGACUUGCAGCUAAAUGACCUGGGUGACGACGGUGUGAAGCUGCUGUGUCAGAGUCUCAGGAAUCAUGACAACCUCAGCAUCCUGCGGCUGGACCAGGCCCCUCUUAGUGACGAGGUGAUUACAGAGCUCAGGGCCCUGGAGACAAAGAAUCCGAAGCUGCACAUCUCCAGCACAUGGAAACCACAUGUGAUGGUCCCCACUAAGAAAAUGAAUAAAGAAGAAGUGAGUGAUAGCACAACCUCAUUCAAGAAGCAGAGACAACAGUCAGGAGACAAAGACAUGGAACCUCUGAGGACUUAUGUUAUCUUCUGGGGCUCUACAGGACCUGUGGCUACUGAGGUGGUUGACAGAGAGGGGAAACUGUAUCGAGUUCAAUUGCCCAUGGCUGGUUCCUACCACUGUCCCAGCACAGGACUCCACUUUGAGGUGACAAGGGCAGUGACAAUCAAGAUUGAAUUCUGUGCCUGGAGCCAAUACCUGGACAAGAUUCCCUUUCCACAGAGUCACAUGGUGGCUGGACCUCUGUUUGACAUCAAGGCUGAGCAAGGAGCUGUGACUGCAGUGUACCUCCCUCAUUUUGUGGCUCUCCAAGAGGGAAGGGUGGACAGCUCCUUGUUCUGUGUUGCCCACUUUCAAGAACAUGGGAUGAUCCUAGAAACGCCAGCAAGGGUGGACCAGCGUCACGCAGUACUGGAGAACCCAAGCUUCUCCCCGAUAGGAGUUCUACUAAGAAUGAUUCCUGCUGUUGGACACUUCAUCCCCAUCACUUCCAUCACGUUGAUCUACUAUCACCUCUAUCUCGAGGAUGUCACCUUUCACCUUUACCUGGUCCCCAAUGACUGCACUAUUCGGAAGGCCAUUGAUGAUGAAGAAAUGAAGUUUCAGUUUGUACGCAUAAACAAGCCACCCCCAGUAGCCGCUCUUUAUCUUGGUUCCCGCUAUAUCGUGUCUGGAUCCAAAAAGGUGGAAAUUAUCCCAAAGGAACUUGAACUGUGCUACCGAGGCCCCAAGGAAUCACAGCUCUUCUCUGAGAUCUGCGUUGGACACAUGGGUUCAGGGAUUAAGCUACAAAUCAGAGACAAGAGGAAUAUGAAUCUCAUAUGGCAGGCCUUGAUGAAACCAGGAGACCUCAGACCCGAGCGAUCCAAGAUUCCUUCAGUCCCCAAAGGUGCUUCUUCCUUGUUUCACUUUGUGGACCAGCAUCGGGAGCAGCUGGUGGCCCGAGUGACAUCAGUGGACACUCUUUUGGACAAGCUGCAUAGUCUGGUGCUGAGUGAAGAUUCCUAUGAGGCAGUGCGGGCUGAGGCCACAAACCAAGACAAGAUGAGGAAGCUCUUCAGCCUCAGCCGGUCCUGGAGUCGAGACUGCAAAGACCAGUUCUACCAAGCUCUGAAGGAGACCCAUCCUCACUUGAUCAUGGACCUCCUUGAGAAAUCAGACAGGGUCUCUUUGGGAUCCUAACAUCUUAUGGCUGAAGGGUGAACACUCUCCUUAGAGUCAUGGCUCUGCCUGAACUUCCUUUGGUCCUUAGUUUCUCCAUCUGUAACCAGUGGCCAUGUGAGUUUCCUUUCUGAUGGCACUGUUUCCAGGACACCUCUUGGAGAUCCAGAUGUUUCCCCGUGGUUUUCCCAGCCAGAUGGUCACAUGAGUUGAGCAUCUCAGAAAGCACCCAGCGGGGCUAGUAAGUCUAUUCAGGCCUUGUCCAACUUGCUCUGAUGGUCAGACUGGCCAGCCUCAAUCCAUCCUGACCCACCAAGAUACAUGCAGGAUGGGGAUCCUGAGAAUGGAAACAAAGAGAUGAUACUUCUCCCUGGAAACUGAAUGUCUUAUGAAUAGGAAUGGAACAGGGCUUUUAAAAUGUGUGUUUUUUUGUCAAAUGGAGAUGUAUGGAAGUCACAUGAUGCAACAUUGGACUCUGCAAGAAACAACUCAGAUUCAGUGCACAUUGUGAAUUAAUCUUGGGCAGUUUGCAUGUUCACAUGCCCUGUGUUCUUGUGAUAAUUUUGCAAGCCUCACAUUUGGUUACAUCAUCCCAUAUAUGAAAAUGUGAGCCACAGCUUAAGAAACUGGAGUGUGCUGGAUUAUAAUAUCCUUGAGCCUGAGCAAGUGUACAAGUCUUUUUAAAAGAAACAUGGUUUAUUUGCCCAAAAAUAAUCAGUUUGAGAGAUCAUUAGUGAAGUGGUUUUUGUGGGUAUGAAACAAAUGGUAUUUGAAUUGAUCCCUCUUAUUAUAGUACUGAAAUUAAGUCUACUUAAUUUAUCAAGCUAUGUUCAUGCCCUGAUUUUAUAUACUUGUAUCUAUCAAUAAACAUUGUGAUACUU